AUGAAGGGCUUGCCCUGCCCCUGCCCUGCCCGGCCGCAUUUCCGGCUGCUGGGGUCUUGCUUCAUGGCUGAGGGCUCGGGGACGCAGGCCCCGGGGAAAGAGCCCCCGCUCAGCAUCCAGGUCCUGCGAGCCCAGUACGCGGGCUUGCGAAGGCAGCAGAGGGCCCAGGCCCACCUGGUGGUGCUCCCGAAAGGAGGGUACACGCCUGUUCCUGCUGAGUCCAUGGUCAGUCCUGUUUGGAUUAACAAGGAGAGAAGGCAUUCGCUGUCCCUGGAGGAUGCAGAUCCUGAGGCAGAGGGGAUGCUGGAGGAGGCUGACGGAGGCUGUCUUCAGGCCCCUGAGUCUCCAUGGCAUACGCACCUAGAGAUGUACCGCUGCAUCCAAACCUUCCACCAGGAAACCAGUCUUUCAGUAAAACACAAGGACAAGCUCAUGGGGUCUGAGCAAAGGCUCCCUCAGGAAGGAGACCCAGGCUUGUUUGAAAACAAUCAGAUGACUCAGCAAGGGACCACCAUCCUACAAACAGCCCAGCGUGAAUGUCCGGUGGGCAAUGCCGAAAUAAAGGUAGUGGGAUCUGGCUUAAAUAAGGACAUUCAGCCUCCUCCUUCCAAAAAGAACCCACACUGGUCUGGAAAACCAGCUCACUAUCCAUUUCCCCAGAGGAAAACUCCCAGGAUCUCUCAAACUGCCAGGAACCUGGGCUUGUAUGGCCCAGCCUGA